AUGGUCUCGCGAUCCGCCGAAGGGAACGAGGGGCAGCCUCGCCCUCUCACCCCCUCCUCGAGAACACCCGGAACCCCAAUAAAGCCGCGAUUGACCCGAGUUGGAACGAGUCCGACGAAAAGGGAGGAAAAGCCAAAGGACGACAAGGUCGUCAAGUCGUCGGCCAAAGAUGUUGCUGAGCUCAAGGACUAUCAACUGGGUGACUGCCUGGGCAAGGGAGCGUUUGGCUCCGUCUAUCGUGCGUUGAACUGGAAUACUGGAGAGACUGUCGCGGUCAAGCAAAUCAAGUUGACGGAUCUCCCAAAGAGCGAAUUGCGUGUUAUCAUGUUGGAGAUUGAUCUCUUGAAAAACCUCGACCAUCCCAACAUCGUCAAGUACCACGGAUUUGUCAAGUCUGCGGAAACCCUCAACAUCAUUCUCGAGUAUUGCGAAAAUGGCUCACUGCAUUCCAUUGCAAAGAACUUUGGACGUUUCCCUGAGAACCUCGUGGGUCUCUAUAUGUCUCAAGUCCUUCAUGGUCUUUUGUACCUGCACGAGCAGGGUGUCAUUCAUCGAGAUAUCAAAGGUGCCAAUAUCCUGACCACCAAAGAAGGACUGGUCAAAUUAGCAGAUUUUGGUGUCGCCAGCCGAACCACGGGUCUCAGUGAAUCAAGUGUGGUGGGCACGCCAUAUUGGAUGGCUCCAGAAGUGAUCGAGCUUUCCGGCGCAACAACCGCUUCUGAUAUCUGGAGCUUAGGAUGUACGGUCAUUGAGUUGCUAGAGGGAAAACCACCAUACCACAGCAUGCAGCCUAUGCCAGCUUUGUUCCGCAUUGUCAAUGAUGAUCAUCCUCCUUUCUCCCAGGGUGCUUCGCCGGCCGUGAAAGACUUUUUAAUGCAAUGUUUCCAGAAGGACCCGAACCUUCGAGUUUCAGCUCGUAAACUGCUCAAGCACCCAUGGAUCGUCAAUGCCCGAAGGACGGAAUCAGUGAUCCCCAAGAAAUCCACAGAAUACGAAGAAGCCGUCAAGAGUGUUCAGGAAUGGAACGAGGCUUUGAGGUCACCCGAGACAGGCACUUCAAAAAGAAAGCAAAAGCCUGAAAAUCCCACGAACACAGGCCUUCCAUCUACCAGAAACAACCCUCUGGUUGAUACCCUGCCGUCUCCAACUUCCAUCAAGACCACAGACCGCUUCCGAUCGCCUACCAUUCCUGGCGAGGACAAUUGGGAUGAUGACUUUGCUUCUGCAAUUUCCCCAAGCGCACUUAAAUUGCCGCAUCUUCGGCCCCAUGAUAAUUUCGGAGGCAUGCUUUCUUCCGAAAAGCUAAAGGCUUUUGCCUCCCUUGAUGGAACCAUCCUCAGAUCUGACGAAGGGUCUGAUGGCUCUGAUGAUAUCUCAGGGUUCUCGGACGAUGUGCAAACAAUCCGCCCUUACCCCUCUAAGCCAUCCGUGGCAGAGCCUUCUAAGCCUCAGAAUCAAUCACGUCCUCAGCACAAUGCCGGUUCUGCUGUCCCUGUGAUGCAACAAAACGUUCCAAUACUCACCCAAAACCCCAUGCCAAGGCGCGCCCGGCCAUCUGCUCGCCCAGCUACUCUGUUCAAAGAGAGCUCCGUGGAUGAUUAUUCUGAUCUGAUCAUGGCAAACGAGGAUGUGCUUGACCGAAAAUUAGGUGGAUAUCAGGACUUUGAAGAUGACCCGUCAUCGCCCAUCCACGAAAACAUUGGUUAUAACCCCCCAGAUGAACAAUUUGGCUAUUCUCAACCCCAACUCCGCAAACAGCUUUCUGUGAAACGCGAUCGUUCUACCAUCGAGAUCCAGAGGUUUGCAGAAAAUGAAACGGAUGAAGACUUUUCUGACAUCCUAGGGGCCGAGCAAGCCAGUGUUGAUUCCACUGAUAGCGACGAUGGCUCAGAUCAAAGUACCUUGAUGUUGAACUCAAAACUUCAUAGUAAUGCAUGGCUAGGUGAUCAAGAUGACGAAGACGAUCCUUUUGCCCAGCUGGAGGAAGGAUUCGACGAGGUCAACCUUGAAGAGAACAUUGCACGAGACAAAUACGCACGGCUCCGGAACCAAGUUGAGGGCCUUGUUGAUUCUCUCAAGACAUCUCAGGACGAGGAAGUUCUCGCCGAUAUCUCUGAACAGCUGUUCAACAUCUUUUGUGACCUUCCAGAGACUAAGAACAUCAUCAUCAGUGCACACGGAAUGCUGCCAAUUCUCGAAAUCCUUGAUACAACUCGACGACGAGACAUUGUGUUCUGUCUGCUCAGAGUUGUCAACGCAAUCAUUUACGAUGACUAUGAAGUCCAGGAAAACCUCUGCUUUGUUGGAGGCAUUCCCAUCAUUAAUGAGUUUGCGUCGAAGAAAUACCCUCGUGAAAUUCGACUAGAAGCUGCGGUUUUUGUUCAACAGAUGUAUCAAACCUCAACUCUGACUCUGCAGAUGUUUGUCAGCGCAGGAGGCCUGAAUGUCCUGGUUGAAUUCCUAGAGGAUGAUUACGAAGAUGAACGUGAGUUGGUCUUGAUUGGUGUGAAUGGCAUCUGGAGUGUUUUUGAGCUACAAGGCUCCACCCCUAAGAAUGAUUUCUGCAGAAUCCUGUCUCGCAACUCUGUCCUCGAUCCCUUGUCACUAGUCUUGAGUCGCGUUCUAGAUGAAGAUGGAGAAUUGGCAGAAAUCAUUGAGGGUCGCAUUGCCAAUAUCUUUUUCAUUUUCUCGCAGGCCGAGAACCAUGUCAAGGAGAUGGUCGCCGAACGAACAGUCUUGCAUAGAGUCUUGAAAGAACUGAGGAGAAUGAGUCUCGUCCACCAGGUCACGAUGUUGAAAUUCAUCAAGAACCUGUCCAUGCUCUCAACUACCCUUGAUUCGUUGCAGAACUCUAACGCAAUCGAUGUUCUGACUGAUAUCCUCAGAUCGAACCUGAAACGCGCACACUCCCGCGAGGUAUCGAAUCAAAUCCUCAACACUAUCUACAACAUGUGUCGUCUGAACAAAUCUCGACAAGAAGACGCGGCGCUCAAUGGCAUGGUGCCGCUGCUGCAGAAAAUUGUGAUGGAAGAACGCCCCUUGAAAGAAUUCGCACUUCCGAUCCUCUGCGAUAUGGCCCAGUCUGGAAAGGUCGGUCGUCGCGAGCUGUGGCGAAACAAGGGUCUAGGUUUCUACAUCUCUCUACUAGAGGAUCCCUAUUGGCAAGUUACUGCUUUGGAUGCUAUUCACACCUGGCUACAAGAAGAAACCGCCAAGGUCGAAGAGCAUCUUUUGGAAGGCAUAUUUGGAGACAAAACAUUCACCGACGCGGUUGUGGAAUGUCUGGAGCUUUCCAAAGCCAAUGCAUUCGAAAACACUCUCGAGCCUCUACAAAAACUUCUUAGAUUGAGCCCUCAUGUUGCAUCCACCUUCGUGCGAGCUGAUCUGUUCACGAGAUUGAGACAGAAGCUCCACCACAGCAAGGCUGCUGUUCGUCUGAACUUACUGCGAAUAAUUGCCAGCAUCUGUGACUCCCACGAAGAGGGAGGCGGCCUCCUCGCAACCUUUGGUCUUUUUGAUUCCAUUCGAAACAUGGAGAAUGACCCUGCCAUUCUUGUUCGGGAUAUGGCAGGCAAACUCGUUCGAUCCAGUGAAGCAUUUGGCAUCAAACGACGACCGACUACAGCUCGACGACAAAGCACAUCCACUCCUCCACCCAUUGUCUUCCCCGGGUCCUCUACCCCCUCCACCCCCUCAUCAAACCGCAGCGGCCAACCCAGAGGAUACCUGGAUGGUCGCGAGACACCCCGACACCCUCGUAACUCGCUCAGUGUCUCUUCCCUAGCCAUGAGACCUAGCAGUCGUGACGGAAGCAACCCAGUCCUCGGGUCUGCCGUGAACUCGAGCAACGCGGCCGCGGCCAGACCCAGGUCAGCCCGGCCCCUCUCCAGCCGAAUGUCUCACGUGGAUAUUUUGCGCGAGGAAGAUAGCAAGGCCCCGAACUCCUUGAGUCGUCGGCCGUCCAUUAUCCCUCGACGCCGCCGCCCUACCACGACAGACUCUGAAUGGGCUUAA